AGAAAGGUUUAUUAGUGCCUGGCACUGUGAGACUAGGGACUGAGCUAAUACCUAAGUUGCUCAGCCAAGGACUUGCUCAUUAGCCAAGCUGCCCGGACGAGAUCCUGCCCAAUACCCAAGUUGCUCAGACUAGGACUUGGCAAAUAUCGAAGCUACCCAGAUGAGUACUUGCCCAAAAUCCAAGCUGGCGCGACGAGGAAUUACCACUAUCCAAGUUGCCUAGAUGGAAACUUGAUCAAUACCCAAAUUGGGAAGAUAAUGAGAUAUCAAUUGUAAAGUAACUUUUACACAUAAGUGAAAUCAAUAUGCAGAAUGGAAGGAAUUGCCAAUAAAAGCUGCAGAUCUGUGUGCAAUGUGAUAGGGAGUUGUUUCAGUAGCUGAGGAAAGCUGUAUCACAAUGCGCCGCAGCCAUGCCCCGAGUCAGUUACUCAAGCGGAACUUUGACAAUGGAUUCGCAGUUGGUCCUCAAGUGGCCAUUGGCCAUUCAGAAUCUAAGAAGCGAAAAGCGUCAGAGGUGGAGGGACCAGGACUGCCUAUUUCUCCAUAUAGGGCUCCUCUUCUACCAAUUGUAAACACUCCUUCGGUCACUCCAGCAGGAACAGCGUCUUCCCACGAGAACUUUAUCCGGACAAUUCUCGCCAAGCCAUUCAAGAUUCCCAUCCCUAAUUACAUAAGUCAAGGAUUUCGUAGCCUGGGGGUUCGCCGGAAUGGUGUCCGACGACCACUUCAUGAUCCAGAUGAACCAAAUGCUCUGGUUCUCUUUCGUCCUGCCACCUUGUCUGCACACGAGAAGCUUACAACCAACCUAGAGAAGCAAGAAGUAGCAGUUGUUGUGGAUCCAAUGCUAGCAGCUGUUCUACGUCCUCACCAGCGUGAGGGUGUCAAAUUUAUGUACGACUGUGUCACAGGGAAACAAAUAGAAGAAAAUUAUGGGUGUAUUAUGGCUGAUGAGAUGGGGUUGGGGAAGACUCUACAGUGCAUCACCCUGAUGUGGACACUGCUGAGGCAGGGCCCAGACUCUCGACCCAGCAUAGAUAAGACUGUAGUGGUUGCUCCCUCCAGCUUAGUAAAGAACUGGUACAAUGAGAUCAACAAAUGGUUAAAAGGGCAGCUAAAUGCCUUAGCAAUUGAUUCAGGCACCAAGGAACAGAUUGAUUCGAACCUUAAAGGAUUCAUGGCAACUUAUGGCCGACGUCCUGUUAAUCCUGUACUGAUAAUAUCCUAUGAGACUUUCCGAAUGCAUGCCCACGUACUGCACCAGGGUGAAGUUGGCCUCGUGUUGUGUGAUGAAGGCCAUAGAUUAAAGAACUGUGAAAACCAGACAUAUCAAGCACUAAUGGGGCUUAAAGCUAAGCGUCGUGUUCUGCUCUCGGGAACCCCAAUCCAAAAUGAUCUACUGGAAUAUUUUUCACUGGUGCACUUUGUCAAUUCCGGAAUUCUUGGAACAGCUCAGGAAUUCAGAAAGAAAUACGAGAGGGCAAUAUUACGAAGCCGGGAUGCCGAUGCUUCUGACAAGGAUCACGAAAUUGGAAAGGAGAAGUUAGAAGAACUGAUUGCUAUAGUCAGCAGAUGCAUCAUAAGACGCACCAAUGACAUCCUGUCCAAGUAUCUACCAGUGAAGAUCGAGCAUGUGGUGUGUUGCCCCAUGACCUCCCUUCAACAGGAUAUGUAUUUAAAGUUCAUCAAUUCAUCAGCAGUUAAAAAACAGAUCUCAGGCGUUGAUGGUCGGCUCGGCAACACCGCAUUAGCUGCGAUCACCAGCAUGAAAAAGCUGUGUAAUCAUCCUGAUUUGCUGUGGGAGAAGGUGAAGGCACGCGAACCUGGGUAUGGAGAGCUGGACAGCUUAUAUCCACCAGGGCAUAAUCCCAAGUUAGUUGUCUGGUUAUUUAGUUCAUACCCAUAGAUGUUGUAAUCCUUU